AUGCCUACUCCCAAGUCGCCUCUAGAUAGACCAUCUUCUUCCCACCACCGAAGACCUGGCGGUUCGCGACGUUCCAGCAGCGAAAAGUCGGUGACCAAGCAUGGGAUGAAAUCUGGGCAGGCUGUCCAAGGCAACACGAAAGACUCCAUGUCCGAUCCAGUUUCUAGCGCUGCGAAAGCGCCAACCCCAACCCCAACCACAGCACAGACAUCGUCAGAUAAGAAGGACAAACGAAGCUACGAUGCCAAUACCGUGAGAUGGGCAGAAUCGCGUGCAGUUGUGGCCCCUGAAUCUUCAGGCGCAGAUGUACCACAGGCAGAGACGAUACGGGAUGAAAGAGGCGGGAACCACAAGGGAAGCGUUGGAUCGGGCGGGUCUGCAAUACCCAAAAACACCUCGAUCGAAGAGUUGGAACGCGUACGAGCCACUGUCAAUGCGCACAUUCAGUUGAACCAGCAGCGAGACAAAUUGUCACGCCAUCUAAGCGAAAGGGGGGAGCAACGCAAUGAUGCACCCCGGGCCACAGGUGGCAAAGCUCGAGUGUCUCCUAUAAAUGAGGAGACGGCCUUUGGAUCGCCAUCAAUAGAAGAGGCUUUCGCAAGCCCUCCUCCUCUGGGCCCAGAAACUACUUCAACUAGUUCGGCAGCGACCAUCCGCGGGGCAUCGACACCGGCAGCUGGAACGACUGCUAGAACACCAUCGUAUCCCUUCCCGUCAAUGCGAACACCGAGACAGUUUAGUUACACCGGCCACCGUCCCUUUACCGCGCUUUCUCCAACGGUCAAUCCUGCAAAUUAUGCUGGAGGCUCUUUCGAUAGGGUCCAACGUGAUUCCGUCAUGUCUGCCCCGAUAACGCCGGCGUCAACACUGAAUUUUCAACCGCCAGGGACAUCUCAGCUAAGGGAUCCAAACUUUGAGACUCCAAAUUUGUAUGAUAUAAGUCUAAGGCUCAUGUCAGAGCCCGGUUUAGAUUCCUGGUGGACCACUGUUGCCAAGAUCAUGAGCGACUCUUACAAGGCUGAUCGAGUGACUUUAACCAUUCCAGCCGAUCCUACGGAUGUCGAAAACGUGCCAUGGGCACAGAAAGCUACUUUCAACAUCAAUGAAGAGGAUGAUUUGAGCCUUGGGUACAUGGCACACGGAAGCAGUUUCUUGCCCAGUAGCGUUGAUACGAACGAAACCUCCAAUUCCGAAGAUGCCGGAGACUCACCACCUUUGCACUUACCUUCGAUUGAUUCCCUACGACCGGGCUUAUCGAGUAGACAUUCCUUCACUGCGUAUGAAGAUACUAAGCGCGAGCCGAUGCCCUUCUCUGAGGCAAGCAAGGGAAGUGCAGCACGUCCAACUAUAUCCAGAGCGAAGAGUUAUGCGACAACUCGACAUGACGUACCACCACGCACAGCUACACUCCAAAAUGCGAAGCUCAGUCUACAGUCUUUAGAGCAUCACUUAGAGUUCGAAGAUACCAAGUCCGCUGAGUGGGAGGAUUUCGAAGUGGCCCCCAGAGAGGUCCGAGGGAGAGUAUUUCCUGUGUUGCAAGCGCUGGAUUAUGAAGCGGAUCCACUGAUAGAUAAUGCUGGUGUUAUGAAAGUACUGGAUCGUGGAAAGGGUAUUGUCUUGACCCGUGAUUAUCCCUACAUUGAAAAGCAAGAAUCCGUGGAAGAAAAGAGUGGCGGAAGUGGGAGUGCAAGGCAGCACUCCCAACGGGGUAGGAAAUCGAGGACGUCACCCAACGAGCGGCCUAAGAGGGGCAAAACUCCCGAUCUAGGUACACGGCUUCAAUCUUUUCUUGGCAGUAAAGGCAAGCAUCCACAUACACGAAGCUUGAGCCGCAGUCAAACGAGUGACAAAGGCAGGAGUAUUCCAACUUCUGCUUCGUCACACACGCACGACCAAGAUGAUGAUGCAGUGCCUACAGCAAAAUAUGAGGAAUACGAGCAAGGACCACCAUCUCCGUGGUCACAAUCACCUGCGCCAUCACCUGCUGUCCGAGUUGAAACAGAUGAAAAUCCAUUCUUUGCCAACACGAGUAUAUAUGAGGACACCUUUGACCCAAAAAUGACAACUUCAAGAGAGUAUUCACAGUCAUCUCAGCUUGAAGCUAUUGGGAUCGAUAGGUCUUGGACAGUAUUACAUAUUCCUCUGAUGCACCCAUUGUUGUCAAAGCCCGUUCAUGCCUUUCGACUAGAUGCUGCGGCCAUGGAACAAAAGUCUGCAGGCCGAGGUAAGCCUACUGAUAAGAAAGAGAAGGAUAAACCCAAAGAGACGGAAUCUGUUUCAGAGAAGCAAACGCCAGUCGCGAUUCUAUCACUUUUAAGCCCUGUCAUUCCAUAUCCCUCGAACUUGAAACACUCCCUGGAUUUCCUUGCGCCACAUCUCGCAACGUCAUAUUCACUCUGCCGCCAUCACUCUAAUCUACAGACUGAGAUUGCUGGUCUUUCGAGAAAGGGUCCGCGACAGGCUGGCUUUGGUGCUGUCGUCUCUGGACGUCGUCAUUUGGACGAUCGAGUCAACUUUGCCCAGCCUGUAUCAUCACCAAUUGAUGAUGUUGGAUUACAGGUCUCCAGUGGCACUGGAGGUAGUAUCACGAGUCCGAGCGACUAUUCUGGGAUGUCGAGAAGUGCGGCCGGAUCGCCUGCGGCUACUCCGGGCUGGGAGCAGACUACUGUCGGCAUCCAUCGAGACAAGAGACACGGUGGGAGUCCAGGUAAUGCCACCGGAGAAAGUUAUUUUUCUUCGAGAAGUAGGCCGGCUCUGGGCCGUAUAGAUACCGGUUCUGCUAGUAGUGUUACUGGGGCACGGCCUUCCAAAGAAUCGUCUCCAGCAGACAAGAGGUCCCAUCAACACAAUCGAAGCAUCGAGGGGAUUCCCGAAACACACGCUUCUGACUCCAAAGAUAACAAUGAGCAAGGUGGCAAAUCAGAUCAAGAUGAGGUUCGGUCCUCGACUACAACGCCCAGGCAAGAGAUACGUAAGCACCCAGAGCGAUCUACCCGCGAGAUUCAUUCGGAAGCCUCUGAAGCGCGCGAGGCUAGUCCAUCUCGACACCAAGCCGAACCGCCAGCUUCUCCUCGCCGCCAGGCCGUACGAAUGGCCUCGAGUCAGUCAAUUAGAGUGGACCGACCUCACACCCAAUUGCAUUCUUAUGGAGCAGAUUUCAGCGCAACCUUUCAGUCCCUGCCGCCCACAACUUCUGUCCAACCAGCAAAACUCCAACCACCCCCCAAGGUACAACCUCGACCAGGGUUAGUGUCGACACCGACAGAUAUGCCGCCGCCUUCUGAUAGGGUCAAAGGACUUAUGCUUGAUUCAUUACCGGCUCAUGUUUUCGUGGCAAUGCCUCCCACUGGCGAAAUUGUUUGGGUCAAUAAUAGAUACUUGACAUACCGCGGUCAGACUGUCCAGGACCUAUACCAAGAUCCUUGGGCUAGCCUGCAUCCGGACGAGCGAGACGAAUAUCUUCAAGCUUGGACUCAUGCCGUUCGAUCAGGCGAACAAUUUUCCAAGCAGGUCCGUAUAAAACGGUUUGACGGAAAUUACCGCUGGUUUUACACAAGAGCUGUCGGUCAUCGGGAUCACCGAGGAGUGAUUGUCCAAUGGUAUGGCACACACAUGGACAUACAUGAUCAACAUCUCGCAGAGGUUAAAGCUGCGCGACAAGAAGAGAUUGAAGCUUCCGAGGCGAAGCACCGGCAACUUGCCAAUCUUAUACCACAAAUCACCUUCGCUGCCACUGAAGACGAGGGCAUCACAUUUGCAAAUGAACAGUGGCUAUCCUAUACAGGGCAAAGCUUUGAUGAUGCUCUGGGGUUGGGCUUUAUGGACUAUAUACAUCCGGAAGAUUUGGUCAAGUGCAAUAUUCCACGUGAACAACCACCAACCCCUCGGCAAGCACCAAAAAAGAAACCAGCUGAAAUUAGUCGCGUCUCAUCGCACUCAUCUUCUACUGGGCAGUCUUCUGGAAAAUCAUCACUUGUUUCGGAUGCACCAUCUGAGCCUACAGUCAAAGGAAUUCAUCAAUCUUUGUCCAGAAACAACAGCUCAAGUAGCGGAUCACUAUACGAGUUUCCUAUUGCCGAUUUAGCGGAGCUUGCAAGAACUGGCGUGAUCAAAGUCACCACAGAUAGUGAUGGGAGACAAUCGUAUGAGACGGAAGUACGACUCAGGUCCAAAACUGGCGACUAUCGCUGGCAUCUUGUGCGCUGCGUCGAGGUGGAGAACAUUGCCCUUGGCAGUGGUGAUGGGUCGUGGUUCGGCGCUUGUACAGACAUUCAUGGCCAUAAGCUUCUGGAGAAGACAUUGAAAGAGACUAUGGACAUCAAGGCAAGGUUUUUAAGUAACAUGUCGCACGAGAUCCGAACACCUCUGAUUGGCAUCUCUGGAAUGGUCAAUUUCUUGCAAGACACAACUCUCAACGACGAGCAAUCAGACUAUUGCCAGACCAUCAAAUCAAGCGCUGAUAGUCUUCUAAAUAUCAUUAAUGAUAUUUUAGAUCUAUCAAAGGUUGAUGCUGGCAUGAUGAAGCUGUCUUAUCAGUGGUUCCACACUCGCUCCUUGGUCGAAGAAGUAAAUGAGCUUUUGUACUCCCUUGCGAUUACCAAGCGCAUUGAGAUAAACUACAUGGUUGAUGCAGACGUCCCAGAAAUGGUCAAGGGAGAUAAGUUUCGCAUUCGGCAAGUCUUGUUGAACGUCGUUGGUAACGCGAUCAAGUUCACUACUGCUGGCGAGGUCUUCAGCCGCUGUAGAAUCUUCAAAGAUGCCUCUGUUGGAGAGAACGAAGUUAUGCUCGAAUAUUCCAUAAUCGAUACUGGCAGUGGCUUUACGGAAGAAGAAGCAGAGAUGAUCUUCAAGCCUUUCAGUCAAAUUGAUGGAAGCAGUACUCGUACGCAUGGUGGAACUGGCCUGGGACUUGUUAUAUCUAGACAGCUUGUUGAGCUACAUGGUGGCAAGAUGGAAGGCACUUCUGUUCCUGAGGAAGGCUCAACUUUUACCUUCACAGCAAAGUUUAGCUUGCCAACCGAAGAAGACCAUCCCGAGCCUCCAUCUACACCAAUGAUGAGCCGGGAUAUAUCAUCCCGAGCAUCUGUCCAAUCGUUAGCCUCAAAGGAUCCGGCUACUGCUGCUCAAGUUCUCAAACAAGCAAGCUCCAUUGGUGUAAUACCUGACGCUCAACUCACUCAAUCACCUGCGACUCUCAGCCCCAAAACAGAGUCGAGUAUCAACUCGCCAGCGGUAUCUUCUAGCAGCUCUGUGCCUUCGGUCCGCUCAAAUCGCUCGUAUGCUACUCAUAGGUCUUCUAGCUCUUCUGUCGCACAGAGUCUUGCUCACUUUAGUCAAGCUACGAGGCCUGGAUCUACCGAGCUUGCGCAAAUGAAGCUAGCGCUUCCUGAGAAGCAAUCCUCUACUUCUUCAGCGCCGGCCUGGGCACAGAUUGGAGCUGAACCAGGCGGUAUGACACCAACACCAACAAGUGGAGCUUCUAGACGAAAUAGCCCUUCUCUUUCUGGUCUUAAACAUUUCCGGCCGCCGAUGUAUUCGAUCCUGAUCAUCUGCCCGCAGAAACAUAGUCGUGAAGCCACGACUCAACACAUCGAGAUGACCUUACCCAAGGAUAUCCCUCAUCAAAUCACAGCUUUGGGAAGUGUAGCUGAAGCCCAAGAGAUGAUUGGUGGCGACGAUCCUGUGAUUUUCACACAUAUUGUCCUCAAUCUUGGAUUUAAUGAAGAGAUCGUGACACUAAUUGACAACAUCUUCGCAUCUGUCUCCCUGCCGCAAACAUCAGUCAUUGUCCUCUCCAACCCAGUCCAACGCCAAGAAAUUAUCAGGAUGGCUACUGAUUAUGAUUACGACCAACUGGCCAAAGAUAACCGCCUGACGUUUGUCUUCAAGCCUGUCAAGCCUUCCCGCUUUGCUGUCAUCUUCGAUCCCGACCAUGAGCGUAAUCUUAGCACUGACCGGAACCGCUCCACGGCGCAACAGCAAGUGGCAGACCAAAAACAGAGUUAUCUUGACGUGACACAGCGACUGGGAAACAAGGGUCUCAUGGUGCUUUUGGUGGAAGAUAAUUUGGUGAACCAAAAGGUCCUACUGAAAUUCCUCUCGAAGAUCGGUAUCGCAGUCGAAGUUGCUCUGGAUGGUGUCGAAUGCGUCAAUAUGGUUUUCUCACGCCCGCAUGAGUUCUACUCUCUCAUCCUGUGCGAUCUCCACAUGCCGAACAAGGACGGCUAUGAAACUUGCCGCGAGAUUCGAGCAUGGGAAAAAGAGAAUGGCCAUCCCCGAAUGCCGAUCAUCGCGCUCAGCGCAAAUGUGAUGGCGGACGUGAUGGAAAGAUGCGUACAAGCUGGGUUCAACAAUUAUGUGACGAAACCGGUAGAUUUCCAGGCGUUGAGUGGAACCAUGGGUGACUUACUUGAUCCGCUUUCUGGUUGA